AUGGCAAUUCUCCAAGUUUGGGAUGCCAUUGUUGACGAAAGGGACAUGUUUGAAAAGCUAGGGAGCUUUACGCUGGAUCCAAAUAUCCAAAAGGCGUUUAUUUUUUGUGCGGAUACCAUCCCGGCCAGGGUUAACAUCGGAUCUUUGGGGCCAAAAGAAUGUCAAGGGCGCACUUUGACUUUGGAGCCUCCCAAGCUCCGGAGCUACACUGCGGAUUUAGGGUCGGAUUAUGCGAGCGACCUUUCUUUUAAUAGCAAUACAGCGCUGGAGCAGGUCCAAAGCGCCACAACAUACCCGGAAGCUCUUGCCCUGUCAGAGUCCGAAAUUGUGGACGAAGAAAGCGAGGAUAAUGACGAAGACGAGUACACGGACGAUAGCGACAAUGAGAACGACGAGGAUUAUCAGGACGAUGAAGGCGAGGAUUGUCAGGAUGAUGACGAAAAGGACACUGUGCCCCCGGCGGAUCCCCAAGCUCAAGGCACAACUGGCAAAAAAGGCACAACUAGCAAAAAAGGACAGAAAUGUACUUUAGAGGAGCUUGUCCAACUCGAUAUGGCUUGGGCGCUUGACCCUGAGGGUUUUAGGGAUAUGAGGCCGUCAGAGCCGGCUAAGGACGAGUCUCAUCCCGCGCCCAAGCUUUCUGGGAAACGGGGUUUUGUAGAAAUAUCCGGCAAAGGCGAGGCCGGCAACAAGUACAAGCCAAAAAGGCAAAGGAAGUAG